CUCUUUGUAGAACCUUGUUACUAUGUGCCCAUAAAAUAAAUAAACAAUAAUAAACUUACUUUGCAAAUGCAAAAAAAAAAAGAAAUAAAAAGAAACACGAAAUGGAAGCUGCGGAAAUACCCAAAGGCUUAUUGCAAAGUGAUGAAUUAUACAAGUACAUCCUGGAGACUAACGUCUACCCCCGUGAACAUGAAGCCUUGAAGCACCUUCGAUCUCUUACCGCUACACAUCCACGGGCUAUGAUGGGUACAGCGCCUGAUGCGGGCCAGAUGAUCUCGAAUUUGUUAAAACUCAUUGGUGCUAAAAGGACAAUAGAAAUCGGGGUCUUUACGGGUUACUCGUUGCUCUUAACUGCGCUAGCUAUUCCGGAUGAUGGCAAGAUUGUCGCGAUAGAUGUGAAUAGGGAAUCCUACGAGAUUGGUCGACCGGUCAUCAAAAACGCCGGGGUGGAGCACAAGAUUGACUUCAUCGAAUCAGAGGCUAUACCGGCUCUUGAUAAGUUGCUUGAAAUACGUGAAAAUGAAGGAAGCUUUGACUAUGCUUUUGUUGACGCGGACAAGAUAAACUACACCAACUAUCAUGAGAAAAUCAUGAAACUGUUGAAGGUGAAUGGGGUUGUUGUGUACGAUAACACACUCUGGUUUGGGUCAGUUGCACAAGAUGAGGAUUCGGUUAUUGAAAGACUUAGAGAGGGGAGAGCCAACACUAUCAAGUUUAAUCAAACACUUGCAAAUGACCCUCGUAUCGACAUCUCUAUGGUUCCAUUAGGUGAUGGCAUCACAAUUUGUAGACGUCUUUACUAAACUCUGGUUAUUCCAUCAGUUAACGACGAUGCUUUUUCUCUAAGAAAUAAAACUUUCUAUGAUGUAAAUUAUGUGGCAUACCAAUAUAUUAAUUGGUUGUUUUCUAAA